AUGAAAUCAAGUAUCGCCAACGUCGCCGCUUUUUUGCUGGCUGUCUCCAAGGCAGCUAUUCUGCCCAAGCGAGACGUACAGGGUACAGCGACUGUUAAUCUCGCAGUAUCUAACGAUGUUGCGGAUGCCCUUGGGUCUGGAUUCAUCUAUGGCUUCCCUGACAAUGGUACAAGCGUUUCUACCGCCAUCCCUGAUCAUUUCCUCACGGACAUCCGUUUCCAAACUGGCCGCGCAGGAGGCGCACAGACCGACUCUGAUGGAUGGAUGAAUUCUGGAAGGGCUGGAUAUACUGGCCGGUUCGAUUCCACCCUCUCCAACUACCGGACUGCGCGAAAGUUCGGUGCUCAAUUCAUUAUGCUGCCUCACGAUAUGUGGGGUGCUCAAGGCGGAAUGUCGGAAACUGAUCUCCAUCCCGGCGACAACGGUGACUGGACCGAGAUGGAACGCUUCCUUGACCAACUCAUAUCCGAUAUGCAAGCAAACGAUAUGCUGGAUGGUGUUAUCAUCGAUCUCUGGAACGAGCCGGAUCUGGAUGGGUUUUGGCAUCGAUCUUGGGACCAAUAUCUCGAGUACAUUGGGCGUGCCCACAAGAUUUUCAAGGCUCAGCUUCCAUGGAAUUCCAUCAACAUCUAUUCAUGGCACCAGAUUGGAGCCUGGGAGCGCGAGCCUGACACGACGAUCCCCGCCCUGAACCAAUUGAAAGAGGAGUACGACUUGCCUUGGCGGCCAGUUCAUGUCAAUGAAUACGCGUGGCCAGACGAGAAGCAACCCGCCACCUCAGCUUGGUAUAUCUCUCAACUCGAGCGUCAUGACAUCAGAGGUCUUCGUGCCAAUUGGGAGGGUGGUUCAAACCUGCACAAUUUCAUGGGAAACCUCAUUGCCAACAACGGCGAGUACUACUACCCUAAUGGAGACUACCGCCUUUAUGAGUACUACGGAUACAUGAAGGGUACACGGGCCGCAACCACCGCUUCUUCAGAUCUGCUUUUCGAUGUUUUCGCGGUCAAGGGAGACUUUGUCAAGAUUAUUGCAGGUACAAGGCUGACAACUAACACAUACAACAUUUCUAUCACUGGGCUGGACAGCGUCGGCUUUCCGCAGUCUGGCAAUAUAGGCGUCCGCACCCUGCGCUUCGACUGGGCUGGCACGACUGGCGAGGUUGGGCCUCCAGUGGAUCUCGGCGUUCAAGUUUACGCGUACUCCAAUGGCCAGUUGACUUUGACCGUUAAUCCCCCGGACACCAAUACUGCAUAUGCUUUUGAGUUCUAA